GCGCAGCGUCACGUCGUCGCCGUCUUUAUCCCAGCUCCUUUUCUCGCGGAGGAAAACAAAAGCCAGCUAACAGUGGAAGUGGGCGAAUUAGCAUCGGAGAUUAGCCCCCGGCACACGGAGUGCGGCUGUAGAGCAGCUCGGUGAAAUUCCACGUGUCGAGUUUGAAGGUUCCCCAUUAGAUCUCCUAAUGAUACAUCAGCACUAAGGCGACUUUCAUACUUGCUAAGGAUGGCUAGCUGUGGGGAGGUAGACCACUCUGUGAGCUCGCUUCCAUCCAGUAAGAAAGGCAGCAACAGUGGUGGUGGAAGCGGUAACAGCGCAGAUUCCUCAUGCUCUGGUUCCAGCACUUCAUCCCCAGCCCUUCCUGUACCAGAGUGUGCCAUCUGUCUGCAGAGCUGCGUCCACCCAGUCCAGCUGCCAUGCCAUCACGUCUUCUGUUUCCUGUGUGUGAAGGGAGCAUCCUGGCAGAGCAAACGCUGUGCGCUCUGCAGACAGGAAGUACCUGAUGACUUCCUGGAACGGCCUACACUGCUCUCUCCUGAGGAGCUGAAAGCAUCAGCGGGAGGUCGAGGUGGCACAGCGAGCGAUCAUGCCUGGUAUUAUGAGGGCCGUAACGGUUGGUGGCAGUAUGACGAGCGAACCAGCCGUGAGCUGGAGGACGCUUUCUCCAAGGGCAAGAAAACAGCUGAAAUGCUAAUUGCUGGUUUUUUGUAUGUAGCUGACUUGGAGAACAUGGUGCAGUACAGGCGCAAUGAGCAUGGUCGUAGACGGAAGAUGAAAAGGGACGUUUUGGAUAUCCCAAAGAAGGGUGUGGCUGGACUGCGUUUGGACACUGAAGGUGUUACAGGAGCUAUUGGGGCAGCAGGUCGAGAAAACUCUGCUGAUGGGGCUGAUACCACAGUAGCAGGUGUACAACAGCCGGUUACAGUUAUCUCCUCUACUUUAACUGCCCCGCCAGCCAGACCUCCCACCUCCCUUGGAGGUCAGCCUGGUACCAGCACCAGCCCCUCUCUGGAGGAUGCCCUCUCCCAGCUGCAAAUCAGUCCCAGGCCCACACCCUCUCAUGAGCGGUCUGAGCCUGGGGAAGGAGAGGAGGAAGAUGAGGAGGAGGAGGCCUCACCCUCCAGGUCCUCUGAUCCUCACACAUCUGUGGACGAGUCUGGCUCCGGAGACUGGAGCGAUGAUGAGGAAGAGGAGGAGGAGGAUGAAGAAGAGGAAGGGGGAGAUGGAGAGCGUGCAGAGCCCUGGGAGGACAGGCCGCAGAGGCAAAGACUGAAUCCAGAGGACAGAGCCCUUCCUGGCGCAGAGUCUUCCUCUCUCUCGUCAGGUAGCAACGGAAGGUCCAGAAUGCCUGAUGGCCAGUGUACAGUGACUGAAGUGUGAAGUCUUCACUGUAACUGUUCCAUUCCACUAAUUUAUUCCUGGCUUUAUGUCAUCCUUCACUAAGUCACAGAUUGGAUGUGGGUGAUUACUGGGCACAGAAAAAU